AUGUCUUCAAUCCCAAAUAGGUUUAGCUCUUACGGUGAUGAUAACAUGAACCAUCCUAGUUUUGUUCAAAACUCUAACAUGUUUCGGUCUAUGUUCCAUACUUCUGAUCAGACAAACUAUGGAGAUUUGUUUUCUUCGUCUCCUUCUUUUACUCGUUAUCAAAAUUCAAAUGUUUCUUCCUCUUCUUUUGGAUUUAACAAUUCACAUAUGACCUAUCAUACAAGGAGAAACACUGAUUCUGUUUUUGGUGCUGAAUGUUUUCCUAUUAAAGAUAAUCCUCAGUUUUCUCAAGUUUCUUUCACUCAAACUAUUACAAAUAGGGUUUCUGCUAUUGUUCCUACCAAAACAAUUUUCAACGUCCAAAAUAAUGAUAUUGGACGUGUUAACCGUGCCAUGGAUUUUAACAACAAUGUUUGGAAUCCUACAAUUCAUCCUCCGAAUUUUCGUGACAAACAAAGUGAGAUCUUAAGCCCUAAACCUCUCAAUGUUGUUUUUCCUCACCAAAAAUCUGCCUAUCGUCAUCGUUUAGACAUGUUUUCCUCAUCAUCAAACAACAACCAUGACCAACAUGUUUCCCAAGAUGGUCCAUCUUUGAAGAAAAGCCGUAAACCAACCAAAUUUCGUGAAGAAAUUGCUAGGGAUGAUCAUUUAGAUUCUGAAGAAGAUGGGAGAAGUGGUGAUGAUGAGUACGAUGGUCGGACGCAUAGUCUACCAUAUGAGAAAUAUGGUCCAUAUACAUGUCCUAAGUGCAAUGGUGUAUUUGACACUUCACAGAAGUUUGCUGCUCAUAUGUCAAAUCACUACAAGAGUGAGUCGACUAAUGAAAGAGAGAAGAGAUUUCGUGCGAGGAAUAAAAACAAGUUUCGUAAACUAAAUCGCGAAAUUAAUGGAAACUCUCCAAAGCCUUGUGAUGGGGUUAGUAGCCGUGGAGUAACUGAUGCUAAAGCUUUCCAAAGCCUUGUGAUGGUUAAAAAAGAGCUUGAUUAG